CCAACACCACGCGAGCGGGCAAAGACAUCAUGUCGAAGAUAACGGUGGUUGCUGCCGUUGUUGUAGGUGCCUGCGCCGCUCUUGCUGCUACGGGAUUCCGCGGCCGGCAGACUGUGGUCGGCAUUGACUUGGGGACGACAUUCUCGGUCAUUGGCGUCAACGAGGGUGGGAAAAUCGCCAUCAUUCCUGGAGCAGAAGGAAGCCCCCUCCUCCCAUCGGUGGUGUCAUUUUUGGAUAACGGGCGUGUAGCUGUCGGCCAAGAUGCAACAAAGCUUCUCGAGAGCCAACCGGCGAACACCAUCUACGGCGCGAAAAGAUUUAUUGGGCGAGAAUUCUCUGAUAGCGCCGUCUCUGAGGAGGCAGCAGAGCACCAGUUCCAGCUGGUACAGACGAAAGAGGAUCUUUCCGAAGCGUGGUUCAAAAUCAAGCGCUCCGGGCAUCCUCCUUCUGUGUCUCCGCAGAUGGUAGGGUCCCAUGUACUUGGUGAGCUACUCCAAAGGGCCGCAGUCUAUUUAGGCCACUCGCAAGUGAGCAAAGCGGUUAUUGCUGUCCCAGCGAAGUUCGAUGCAAGACAGAAGGCGGCCACAGUGGAGGCGUUUCGCCUAGCGGGCCUUCAGGUCAUCCGAAUGCUCGAAGAGCCAACAGCGGCAGCGCUGGCGUUUGGCCUCCAUCGCAAGCCGAAUGUGAACCACAUCCUCGUGUACGACUUGGGUGGUGGCACGCUAGACGUCUCGCUUCUGUUUGUAAACGACGGUUCUGUGGAGGUCCUCGGCAGCGAUGGAGACGACAACCUCGGGGGAUCUGACUUCGAUCAAUGCGUGGCCCAUUUGCUGGAGCGCAAGCUUGACCGGAGCAUUGUUGCGCUGGAGGAGGCCGAGGAUGCGGUUUCGUGCGGCUUUACUACGCCGACAUGCGCACUUCAUAACCUUUACCCGCUCAGCGAAGGAUUGCGACGUCUGCUGACGGACGGGGAGACCGCCGCAGUGGAGUGCAUGAUCCCUCCCGAGGAAGCCCAGCGACGAAACUUGCGGUCUCCAAAGAAAGGAACGCCCAGCGAGGAUGGGGACAGUCAAGACGCGCAUAGAUUCGCGGGGGCUGAAGGAGAACGUUGCAAGAUGUGGAAUUCGCUUAGUUUAGAACUCACCAGGACAGAAUAUGAGCAAUCUUGCGCUUCGUUGUUUGAUCGCGGUGUAGCCCCGGUAGAUCGUCUGCUUCAUCACUUGGAUUUAACAGUAGACGAGAUUGAUGAAGUUGUCAUGGUAGGAGGGAUGACACGAACACCACGAGUGCGGAGUUUGCUGGAGUCGCACCUUGGUGUGGACAGGUUAAACGUUGAUAUUGAUCCGGACGUUGUGGUUGCGUAUGGCGCGGCGACUAUCGCACACUAA